GUGGCCGUGGCCGUGGCCGUGGUGGUGGUGGGGGCGCGCCAUGGCGCUGCCCUGGCUGCAGCGCGUCGAGCUUACGCUCCUGGCCGCCGCCUUCCUGUGCGGGGCCGUGGCGGCGGUGGCGCUGACUCGGACCCAGGGCUCCUUCAGGGGCAGCUGUCCCCUGUACGGUGCGGCUACCCUGAAUGGCACCUCUCUGGCCUUGUCCCAGCCCUCGGCCCCAUCGCUCUGCUAUUUUGUGACCGGGGCCUCCGGCUUCCUGGCCCUCUACUGUCUCCUCCACCUGCUCUUCUGGGUCUACAGCAGCUGCAUUGAGGAUUCCUACAGAGGCCCCAUUGGGCUCCGCAUAGCACUGGCCGUCUCCGUUCUAGCCAUCUUCCUGCUCUUAGUGUCCGCCUGUAUUCUUCAUUUUGGUACCAGUUCUCUCUGCAAAUCCAUCGUCUCCCAGAACAUAACAAAUAGUUGCUCUGCAGCCCAGAAAAUCCGAUGGACACCCCCUGGAAUUGCUUUGCAGUUUUACUCCAAUCUAUACAACGCUGAAAUCUCCUCUUGGGUGAAUCUGCUGUUGUGGUGUGUGGUGUUGGUGCUCCAAAUUGUGCAGUGGAAGUCUGAAGCCACUUCCUUCCGGCCUCGGCAGAGAGGGGACCCUGCGUGGAGCUCUGAGACUGAUGUGCUGGUUGGGACUCGCCUCCCCUAUUACUGAAGAGCAAGGAGAGUCUUUCUGCCAAGAUCAGACUGGGUGCUGGAAGUCCUCUUGUCCUGCACGGCAGGGAGCCUGUAUCAGUGAAUCCUGAUGGCAGGCCCCCUCCUCCAUCUCUUCCUACAGCUAUUUUUGUACCAAAAUAGUGUUCCUUUCUUCUCUCGUA